AUGUCCCAGUCGACCGCCCACACACUCCCCCCUCAGUCUCCCCAGGAUCGUUUGGCCCAAACAACCGCUGUUGUUUCAACCUCCUCGCUGGCCAGCCCUCAUUCGUACAUUCUAGCCUCCCGCAAACCACAAAGUCCCGCCGUGCUACAAGGUAGUUUAAUCCCUCGAGACUACCUGAGCUCGUUGUCCAGCUCAAGGGCGAUUCCGACCCAGCAGCGCAAGAUUGAGGAAGAGGACGACGACUUGUAUGGGAAGGCGCCUGCACCUAAUGAUUCUGGGAAGAGACACGUCCAAAAUACAACGGAGGGUGAGGCUGCCCUGACGCGAGAAAAGGGCUACGACGGCACUGCGCCGCCGAACGAGCAGGAGGGAAGCGUGUCCUCACGAUCUCAUAGUCAAAAGGACCAAGGUGUUACGCCUCUCUUUGAAUCCCCAAAGUCGUACGCUUCUUCGUCGACCAGCGUGCACCCACCGAACAAUAUGCCGCGGACUUCCUCCAUCGAUUCCGCCAUUUCAAGUAUCUCCAACGCCUCGCAUGCUCAAAAACAUCUGGGAGAGGUCAAGGAGCCCAGCAGAGAAGAGGUGCAAAAUCUCAUUGCCACGGCGGGCUCUGCGGAGAACCUGAUCCAGCACCUCUUGAAGGAUAAAGGUCACGCUGCGGCUCAAAAUGCCCAGUUAUGGAAACUCGUUGACAAGCAGAGGGCGCUGCUACUAGGUUUGAACAAAGACCUUGAGCGGUUGACAAAAGAGAGGGACAGAUACCGGAAAAAAGUCAAGGAAUUGCAGGCUCAACCCUCGACGUCGCAGGUUGACCGUCUCCGGCUGGAAGAAGGCAACUCACCUCAAUCUGACGGGGAAGUGACGCUUCCCUUGGGGGAUUACGGCGCAAGCUUGAGGACUGAGGAGCAGACUCCGAUCAAGGGUCUUAGCAGUAUGCAAGUGCACAGCUCCCCUAUUGAUGCGGCUAUGAUGCCGUCACCGCUUCACCUACAACAACAGCCACCAAAGAUGCAGAGCUUGGCUACACAGCUGGCACAGCCCUCGUUUGCGCUCACCGAGGCGACUCCGCUCACGGAGAAGCCACCAAAAUCAUUCCAAGCCUCCAGGAAAGCACCGCCCAAACCACUUGAUCUGCGCCCAGCAAAGGAGGAAUUCCCAGCUGAUCAAGUCAUUGUCCCGACCGACGUCAUUGUCAGUGGUGACGAAGAUGAGGAAGAGCGAGAUCCUAUCUCGAGAGGGCGACGAAAAACUCGAGAAGAAGAUGAUCGGGACCGUGAACUUCUUGCCCUUAAAGAGCAAGAAGCAAGAAGUCGGUCCAAAAAGGAAAAGAAAGCGAAGCCAGAAGCAGAAGAACCCACCGUUCUUGACCAGAUGCCUCUUCCCCCGGCUGUUGCUGAAGUCACCCAACCUUUACCUUUGAGACAAGAUCACCUCUCGCCUGCUUCGAUAACCUCCGGCUCGGUGGGAUCUUCAGCUCAGUUGUCACUCCCGUUACGAAGUCCCGGUCUACCGAUGAGCCCUCGUCCCAUGAUGGGAUCAGCGCUUCCUAUGUCUCCACGUGUUCCGGCAGGUAACUUCCCGCUUUCACCUCGUGCACCCAAGAUGCCUUUACCUAUGCCAACAACACCCGGCCAGCAAGCACCUAACCCCCAAGCAUUGGCACAAGCACAGGCAGCUGCUUCUGAUUCUCAGAAGAAGACCGUUCCUUCGUCGCUGUCGAAGAUGAACACCGCUACUGGCGCUGAGUUGGACCGAGGUCAGAUCCAUGAAUCUCCUCUGAGCCCAGGGGAGGUGCCAGCAGUGAGCCGUGGGCUUGUCGAUCCAAGUUGGCCCGACCUGCUUCUUCCUCCAAAUGCCUUGCCCUCGAUUCAAGUGAAGGUCGCUUCUUCUCGACUGCGCCCCGCGAGAAACAGCAUGCUCGGGCUGAGGAUGGCAGAAGAAAACGCUGUUUUCAGCUUGUCCAUUUUCGAGCGCGCUACCUCAUCUGAACUUUGGCGCGUAGAGAAAAUUCCUACUUCACUUCCGACUCUGGAACAGCAGCUGAGGUCUCGUUGUCCUGAUCUACCAAAAUUACCUGACCGAAAGCUCUUUUCAGGUCAUUCACCUGCAGUCGUUGACGCGAGAAGAAAUGCAAUUAAUGACUAUUUCGAUGACUUGCUCGACACUCCUAUGGAUGAACAAGCAGCUGCGGUCAUAUGCCGAUUCUUGUCGACAGAUGUGAUGGAGCCACAACUCACCAUCCCCUUACAUAAUAGUGAGAAUGCACAAAGCAGGCAGGUGACACAAUCGAACUCCGGCAUUCCGACCAAAUCCGGGUACUUGACCAAAAAGGGGAAGAACUUUGGAGGAUGGAAGUCGCGGUAUUUUGUUCUGGACAGUCCAGAGUUGAGAUAUUUCGAAGCACCUGGCGGUGCUCAUCUUGGCACAAUCAAGCUGUUGAAUGCGCGUAUCGGCCGGCAAACUCAGUCUGAUCCUGCCUCAAACGCAGAAGUCGACUCAGAAAACCAAUACCGUCACGCUUUUCUCAUCCUCGAGCCCAAGCGCAAGGACAUGAACAGCCACGUUCGGCACGUGCUCUGCGCAGAAAGCGAUGCGGAGCGCGACGAAUGGGUGGAGACGUUGUUGCACUACAUCGACGAGAGGCCGGCGGAGCCCAGAUCGCAAUACGGAGCGGGCAUCCAGUCAUCACACGCCAAGGACGGGAAGGUUUCUCAAAGAAUGGGACAAGAGGACGCAGAGUCUAAGUCAAACGGAAGUCCACAAACUCACAGUAACACGCCUUCUCCCUCCAUCGCGUCUAGCCAGACUCCGGAGCUCGUUCAGGAACCUGUGACAGUCUCCAAGCCGUACAAUAUCUCAGGCCCAAUGAACGGUGCUGUCAUUUCGGAUGCCGGAAGCUGGGGCAACAAAUCUGCGAGCAGCAGUGGCAGUAAAGAGCGGGAGCAGAAGAAGCGCAAUCUCUUCCAUUUCCGGAAGCCGUCAUACGAGCAACUCGCCCCUGUGCAGCCCGCUCAUCCGAAGAACAACGUUCACCGAGGUGGGCAUGUCAGACCGGUGUUCGGGAUGCAACUCCAAGAGGCAGUGGAGUACUACUCACCUGUGGACGUGGAGGUGUAUCUUCCGGCCGUGGUUUAUCGCUGCAUCGAGUUCCUCCGAGCCAAGAACGCUGCGAAUGAGGAGGGCUUGUUCCGACUUAGCGGGUCGAAUAUCGUGAUCCGGCUGCUCAAAGAUCGAUUCAACACUGAGGGCGACGUUGAUUUGCUGGCUGAGGAUGAGGACUACGAUGUUCAUGCCGUUGCUUCGCUGUUCAAAACAUAUCUACGUGAGCUGCCUUCGACGAUUUUGACCCGCGAAUUGCAUCUGGAAUUCCUGAAGGGUCUCGAGCUGCCUGACAAGUCACAAAAGAUUGUGGCCUUCAACCUUCUGGUGCACCAGCUGCCUAGCGCGAAUUUCUCGCUGCUGCGGACGCUCUCACAGUAUUUACUUGAGGUGGUCCAGAACUCAGAGCGGAACAAGAUGACGAUUAAGAACGUCGGAAUCGUGUUCUCCCCGACUCUCAACAUCCCAGCGCCCUUGUUUGCCUUGCUCUUGACGGAUUUUGAGUCGAUCUUCGACAAACCCGCCGAUCGGGAGUCCGUGCGAUCGACGGAGCUGGAGCUGGAACGUGGGGAGGGAGCUCUAACACCAGAAGACAUCCGAUCGCCUCGGCGGCAGAUGUUUACCGACUUACCGACGCCCAUGUACAAUCAAGACAGUUUUGCUCAGAACGCACGGGCUACAGGUGGCAUGCAAGCAAGUGCACGACCCGAGUAUCAGCUUGAUGCUCCGAACGAGCUGGGAUUUGCGCCGAUCCAACCGUCGUACGAGUCUAGACAAUACGUGUCGUUUCCGCACGAGGCGCCCAUGAGCGCACCCAGAUAUCCUCCUCCGCAGCCUCCCAACCAACACGGAGGGAGCAAUCAGUAUGGAGGAUCGAACAAUAUGAUGGCUCCGGAAAAUGCAGCGAGUGUCAGGGCAAGACGCCGCGAGAGCUCGAUGUUGUUCAUGUGA